AUGCCUUCUGCAACAAACCUCUCGUGGGGUGCUCCUCUCUCUCUCAAGGUCAUCGGCCACAAUGCCGGAACCUCCAUGGACGGAGUCGACCUCGUCCACGUCCACUUCACCCAGGACUCGCCCACCUCCCCCCUCAACAUGCAGCUUCUCCACUACGGGGAGUACCCAAUGCCGCAAAAGGUCAAGAGGCGCGUCAUGAAGCUCAUCAAGGAAAACAAGACCACCCCCGAGGAAAUGGCCAUUGUCAACAUCCAGCUCGGCGAGGUCAUUGCCGACGCCGUCAACUCGUUUGCCCGGGACCAAGGCUUCGACCUGGCAAAGGAUGUCGACCUGAUCGGUGGCCAGGGCCAGACCAUCUGGCAUCUGCCUCUGCCCGAGCUCUUUGAGGGUGACCAGAUGCGUGCCCACCUGGACAUGGCCGAGAUUGCCAUCAUUGCCGCAAACACCGGCGUCACUUCCUUGGGCAACUUCCGCGUCUCCGACAUGGCCCUCGGCCGCCAGGGCUGUCCUCUCUUUGCCGCUCUCGACUCGCUGCUGUUGAACCACCCUACCCUCAACCGGGCCGUCCAGAACAUUGGCGGCAUUGCCAACUUCUCCAUCCUGCCCAAGGGCAAUGUGCAGGGCUGCUAUGACUUUGACACGGGCCCAGGAAACGUCUUUAUCGAUGCCGCUGUCCGUUACUUUACCGACGGCCAGCAGGAGUACGACAAGGACGGGGCCAUGGGUGCCAAGGGUAGGGUCGACCAAGCGAUUGUGGACGAGAUCCUUGCGGGACCUUACUUUGUCCACGACAUUCCCAAGACCACUGGUCGAGAGACGUUUGGUGACCGUAUGGCGGAGGACAUUUGCGACAGGAUGUUGGCCAACGGCGCCACUCCCGAGGACUGCGUAGCAACCAUCACCCGCAUCACGGCUCAGUCUCUUGCCGACGCUUACGAGCGAUGGGGCCCCGAAGGCGGUGUUGACGAGAUCUACAUGGGUGGCGGUGGCUCCUAUAACCCCAACAUUGUCAACUAUCUCAAGCAGCGCCUGCCCAACACGCGCAUCACAUAUAUCGACGAGACCGGUAUCCCCGUUGGCGCCAAGGAGGCUCUGGGAUUCGCGCUUCUCACGCACGAGUGUUUCGUUGGCAGGCCAAUGAUUGUGCCCACCAACACCGAGUCAGACAACCCUGGUGUCGUCGGCCAGAUUCAACCGGGGAAGAAUAUGCACCGUAUUAGACAAGCCGUUGCUCAGUUCUGGGGUGACUUUCCAGAGGAGGACAUUCGAUGUACCACCAAGAUGAACCUUUUGCCUAGCCUCUGCAACUGAACAGCGAGAGGGAGGUGGGACAAGGGACAAUGAGAAGAUACCAUUCAUUGCAAGGAGUACGGCGCUCACUGGUCGCGACUUAUAUCAUGGUUUUUGAUAGAUAAGGUGCAAAAAAGAAUAAAAGCUAUUGGAAC